AUGUAUUCUCGCAGGGUUUUACAGCUACCAUUCUGGGCGAAUGCAUCACGACUGCAUGUCACCUCCAGAUUCCCUCUUGCGUCAAGGGUCUCGACCCGAAACAUCACCAAUACUGCCGCAUCCCAGAACACCUCGGCUCAAGCGUCGCGCUGGACGCGCCGACUAAUCUACGCUACAAUCUUCGGAACUCUUGGGGUCAGUGUGGGAAAAUGGAUGGAUAAGAAGGUUGCUGCGCCACCAAUUCCGGGAACACCAGAGGACAAGCUGCAGUUACAGGACAUUCAGCACGUCUUCGACACUGGGCUCCCGAUAGUGCAAAGGCUGCGGGCGGAUCCCGAUUUCGUGGAAAUGGGCGUCUACGAGAACUAUUCGGAAGAGAGCAAGACCCAUCGACUGACUUCGGGUGCUCUGGGUGGGAGCAGGGGCUUUGGAUUACAGAGAGCGUUUUGGAAUGAAAAGGAGCACCAGCUCGUUAGCGUGGUGUUUAUGGGAUCUGGCAUCGAAGGAUGGCCAACCGUUGUGCACGGCGGCGCUCUUGGCACUAUAAUCGACGAGAAUCUCGGUCGCGCAGCUAUUCGCCAUUUCCCUGCACGGACGGGGAUGACUGCGAACCUCAAUAUCGACUAUCGCGCCCUGGUGUACUCGGACAACUUCUACUCCAUCCACUCGACCUUGAGCCCAGAGCAGAGCACGGACAGCAAGGCGUACGUCAGGUGCGAGAUUCGCGAUAUGACGGGGCGUGUUUGUGUCGAGGCAAAUGGUCUCUUUGUUGUCCCGAAGAAGCUAAAGCUUGUGAAGCUGGGCGACCGAUUCUGA